CCCACGUGCAAUGUCGCGAUUGCCGUCGAGAAUGAGGCUGGGGCUGGCAAAGAGCUGGCCAAACGAAUACUACAGAGCAGUGGCGCGCAUGCCAAAGCGCAAUGGGAAAUUAGCGUGCGUGGGUGGGGGUGGCAAUCCAAUUGCCGGCAAUAAAAAAAACCAUACCGCAUGCUAUCAAAAAUAGUAGCAGAAUGCGCUCGGAUCGAUACUGGCCCAAUGCUGGCCGACGCGGUAUUUUUGUCAGCAGGAGGAUCACUCUGCAUUGGACCACACAGCCCACAGCCCAGCACUUCAGGUGCUGCUGCCCCGACCCUGUCGCAGGAUGAGCGCGGUUGGGGAGCAGCGAGGGAGAAGGAUCCAUGCUCUUUUUGAGCACCCAGGCCAGACACAGCGACGACAGGUCAGCGCCCACAAAGGAAAAGGGAGAUGGAACCUCCUAUUUUUAAAAAUAGGACUGCUGCCAAGGGCAAAUGACCCGGAGUAUGCGCCAGUACGUUCGCAAAUGAGCCAGCUCUGCAAAACAAAUAUGCCCGCUGCUUUUAGGCAGAGCAGGUUCUUCAUCUUCCCGCCGAAUCGCCGCAUCCAACCGCGGAUCACGCUCGGGCGGACAACCCGCUGCGAGUUGUUCUUAUACGAGUACUCCU